AGUCCUUCCAUUGCCCUCACUCACUCGUUUUCAUUCACUCCUUCAAGUGAACUGUAUGAGUGGACUGAUGUAGGUGAAUAUUGAAUGAGGAUACAGUCGUGAUGUUUUAAUCUGUGUGUGUUUGUGUUUCAGGAGCACUGGUACAUGUCCUACAUCGACCUGCUGCAGCGCUUCGAGCUGUGGAACGUCAGUAACGAGGUGAUCAAACUGAGCACAUGUGGCCCCAUCAUGUGUCUGAAUCAAGCCUCCACCACCUUACACAUCAACUGCAGCAACUGCAAGCGACCAAUGAGCAACAGGGGCUGGAUCUGUGACAGGUGCCACCAGUGUGCGAGUGUGUGUGCAGUGUGUCAUCACGUGGUCAGAGGCUUGUUUGUGUGGUGUCAGGGCUGCAGUCACGGAGGACACCUGGAGCAUAUGAUGGAGUGGCUGAAACAGUCCAAACACUGUCCGGCCGGCUGCGGACACCUGUGUGAAUACACCUGACACACACACACACACACACACACGCAGGACUCUCUCUAGCAGAGGAACGAUCACGCUGCUACUUAGGAGGAAAAAUAUGUAGAACUAAUGAUUUUAUGAUAAUCAAACACAAAGGGAAUCUGAACGCAAUCAUAUGUGUGCUGAAAAUAGUCAGCAAAGUCUUUUCUUAGUUCUUGAAGAAUUUGUUUUAUAAAUAGUCUAAUGUACAUAAGAGAUGUACCUGCUUUGGGAAUGUGUUUCAUGCAUCUUGAAAAUAUUCUUGAAAAUUGUGUAAAUGCAGAACACACUGCAUUGAAAUCAGAUUUAUUUAGAAAGAAACGGUGUUGUUUAAGAAUAAAGCCAGUCUUUAAUUAUCA